GGGAUUGUGUGCUCUGGAAAUACAUGAAAUCCGGUGUGCCUUGUGUGAAGGCUCUCCUAAGACCUGCUCCUGUCUAAGCACUUUAAUGAGCAGAAAGCCCCAGGAGGAAUAGUCGGGACUCAAAGUAAGCAAAGUCAACCCCGUGGGAAACAAAGCUCUCAGGCUGCUCACAGACAUGCAGCCUUUCACCUUGGUCGGUGCGCUUUUCCUGCUGCUCCACAUCUCCUCUGGCAGCACAGAAACCCACAGGUAAGUCCACUCUGCAGAGCUGGAGUGUUAAAAGUUGCAUGGUGCUGAACCUGAUCUAGGAUUUCUAUCAAAUUUAAUAUUUUCCACUGUUAAGAAUCAAAAGACUCUCCAGAAAUAUGCCAGGUAGAUGUCAAUGUGUGAUGUUAAAGUGUCUAUAGCAUUGCCGCAGCACAAACGCUAAUAACAGUGUCACUAACAAUAUUGGGUAGCAUACAAUUUAGCCCACUUAGUGUGACCAAAAAGAGGGAUUACCACCAUUUCUAACAGCCACUUCCUCCCUGCUUUUAUCUUCAGCGGGGCUUAAUGAGUAACACGAACCCCUCUAUUUUGCACAGGGUUAUGUGCUUUAAAUCUUUACAGAGAGGACUGUUGUUUUAGCCGGUAUGUACACAGCAUAGACCACUAUGAGAGCUAUGUGUCAGCUAAAUGUGGCUCAGCAACUGUGUGUAUAACUGAGGAGCACCUGUCACACUUCAGAGCCCCUCUCGUGUGGGCUAUUCUGGUUGUUUUCUAUCAAGUCUCAGAUUCCUCUGGUCCCAGUGGAGCCAGGGACGCAUAUACGAUGCUAAACCUUUGACACAUAAACAUCUGAGGUUGUAAAGUUUGGCACUCAGUGUAAGGGGGAGGAGGAUAAUUUUGCUAGUAGCUGAUUUGGAUGUGUACGUCUAACAUGGAGUUACUGUUAAAGAGGCAAACGGGGUCUCAUCAUCAUCAUCAUCAUCGUCAUAAUUUAAUUGACAAGUUAAAAAUACACACAUGCAAUAUAAUCUAUACAUCCUGUUGGUUAUUUGCAAACCAAUGCUUAAUGGCUGACCACAACUGUGAAUAACUUCACAAGAGUCUCAUUGGUUUAAUUAGAUGUCAUGUGAAGAUGAAGGUUAAGUUAAAAAGGGAGAACAUAUGUUUGUGCAGAAGGUAUCUAUAUGUAGCGCAGGAAGUGUCUGAUUAGUGUGUUUUUCUCCAUCUGUAGCCGACAUCCUGUCAGCUGGCUGCGGCUCCACAGGGAGCCUAACUUAAUCACUAACCAAGUCUGUGAGGGGAUGCUUUAUUUGGGUUUGUUUUUUUCACACAUUGAAACCAAAUGAAAGGAUGGCGGAAAGCUGUAGGGAGCUCUUGAGGAGUCUUGAUGCUCUUUUUCAUCUAUUUAUUUUGAUAUAAUUGGAUUUGUAAUAAUUCAAACUGCCGCAACAGUUUCUGUAUCCUGAUAAAAUGUUGCUCCAAGGCUAUUUAUGCUCUCUGAUGUUUGCUGUAUUAACUAGUAUGAGCUAUAAAUUUAACUAAGACAGGUAAAUUACACAUCUUACCUUUUGCUCCUCUCCUCUUUUGCAAGGCACUACCGACAAGUCCUUACUGGAAACCAAGCAGGUGUGUGUCGCUAUGGCAGGAAACUGGAGUGCUGCUAUGGCUGGAAGAAAAACAGCAAAGGACAGUGUGAGGGUAAGAAGAGUCCAGAUUUACGUAAAAACUAGUCUAAAAUAAUAAAAAAUCAUGUUUUAUUUAUGGGUGAUAUUCAAACUACACAGUAUUUAAAUAACAGUACAUGUCAAGAAAGAUUUACUGCCAUAAUAUGCUGACCAUUAUUAUCCAUUUUCUCAAAGAUAUUUUCCUAUAACCUGGAUACUUCAGUGGAAAAAAGAUACCCUAAAUUAAAAAACCUUGCCAGCACAUGUGUGGUUUGACUGUCAUCCAUCUUUUUCAAACCACUGAUAUGUCUGGUGGUCUUUUCUCCAUGCUGAAUGUUUUACCAGCUCAAUGUGACCACGGCUGCAAGCACGGGGAAUGCGUUGGCCCCAACAAAUGCAAGUGUUUCCCUGGAUACACUGGGAAGACGUGUAAUCAAGGUGGGUACAUGAAGUGAGGAGUGAAAAAGGUUUGGAAAACACGGGUCAGACUGGGAUGAGAAGAUCUCAUUUCAUUUUGUUGGUUUUGGGUGUUUUACUUGAAGCAUAUCCUGUUUUCUUGGUUUUAUUAUUAAGUAGCUUGGUUAAAUCAUAUGUUUUAAGUAUUAGAAAAGAAUUCACAGUGGAUAAUAAAACGAUCUUGAACUAUAUUUCUAGAUCUAAAUGAGUGCGGCCUGAAACCUCGUCCCUGUGAGCAUCGCUGCAUGAACAGCUAUGGAAGUUACAAGUGCUACUGUCUCAAUGGUUACACAUUAAUGCCUGAUGGAUCUUGUGCAAGUGAGUAAAAUUAUGUCAAAAAAAGUACAAAAACAAAGAUUUCAAUGUAUCUGACUGUGUUUUUGUGUGUGUAGAUUCUAGGACGUGCUCUCUAGCUCACUGUCAGUACGGCUGUGAGGAAGUUCAGGGUGAGAUUCGUUGCCUCUGUCCGUCUGCGGGGCUGCAGCUCGGGCAAGAUGAGAGGACUUGUGUGGGUGAGCAACAUUCACUACAGAUCAAUGUGUUAUAAAGCAAAGUCAGAUAUAACUAUGUCAACAAUUAAACUGAAUAAAUAACAGGUUUGAGAAAGAUACAAGGGGAGAAAAAGAUGCAUGGACUGUAGCUGCUCCUAUGUCAUGGAUUUUGUACUGCAAAACAACCCUGUAAUGACUCUAUAAUGUGGCUUUAAAAUGCUAGGCCUGGAAAUCCAGUGGGGUGCAAUUAAAUAAAAUUUCCUCCCACAAAGCUCCUUGGGCUCGAACACAGCCAGUCUGACAAUGUGAUCACACAGAGGAAGUAAUAUUAUAGUUAUGGAGCAUUAAACUCUGGACUGAGAUGGAUCCAAUAAGUUCAAAAAGGGUAACAGCAGAGAAACCCUUUUUAUAAAAAUGGACCAGAAAGUAUGGCAGUGCCAUAAAAAACAUCUAAUGAAGCCUGCAUCUACUGUAUCAAUCAUGAGAGUGUAGAGUGAGCUUUAAUACUGAGCCUGUGCUAAACAUAGAGGAGCAAUCUUUAAGUCUGAGCUGCAUAGACGACUGGCUGCAGGCCCAGACUACAAGUCGCUGACAGUAAACAGAGACACAUAAAAAUCAUUCACACUGAGAGGUGAAGAAAGGUUGAGAUAUUACUGUAUAUGCGGGUUAGUUCAUUAAUGAAAUCCUUUUUAACUUCUAAAGCAUAGCUAAGCUUAGCAAACAUGAGUCAGUGUUUACUGCGUAAAACAUGGACAUAGUUUUGAAUUCCAAUAAUGAGUCACCAUAAAUAGAAAUGCAGAUUCAAUCACUUGAAACAGAGUCAAAGAGGUACAACUGAGGCGGGCUUUAGCCUCCUAGCCAACAGCUACAACUCGCCCACCUGUCCGUCAAUACAGACAGCCUAAUUAUUAUACAACCUUUUUUACAACUAUGUUUAGCCUUGGCAAAAAUGAACGUGUCAUUAAGAUGUGGAUGGAUGUGUUGGACUGCUGUAUAAUCUAAACAAGGUGCAACAAGGGUACAAAUGAUUAGAGGAACAGAGGGAGGCAGGUGUGUGUGCGUGUGUCUGAAAAGCCAAGGACUAGAAUAAGCAUGACAUGAGAGAAGCUGAAGCAGUCAUGAGCACUCAUGAACUAAGGACUGCCAGGCUAAACAGUGAGAGACAUCAGAAUUAUAAUCAAAUACAGGCCAAAGAUGAGUAAAUUGGUGUGAUGCAGACGUCACAUGAUGGGUUAUUGUUUUAAAUAACUAUGAUAUCAACGUCAAUCAAAGCAAUGAUUGUGAUUGGCAUUUUUGCCAUGAUCGAGCAGCACCUUAAAGUAACUCUAUUCAGUGCUUCAGUAUUUUGAAAGCGAUCAGAAACACUAGUAAGCCAAUGAGGUUCAUACUCAAGACCAGCGAGAUGAUGAACUGCAUACAGUUUAUCAAAGAUGGUUCAUGUUGUUGAUGUUAAAAACAGCUGAUGUCUACAUGAGAAUGAACUAGAGCUCAAGGCUAUGAACACCAAACACAGGAAAAGAGUCAGCAGGAAGCUGCAAAGAGCUGGAAAUAUGUCAUAUCUGUCACAAUCGUGCUCGUGUUUCCUAUCUGUAUAUAUCAAAAUGGAAACAUGAAAUCACAUGCUAUUAAUGUUUCUGUCUCUCCAGAUAUUGACGAAUGUGUAACUGGGGAGAACCUCUGCCCGUACAACAGACAAUGUGUGAACACAUUUGGCAGCUACUACUGCAAGUGCCAGGAGGGAUAUGAUCUGAAAUACGUAAACGGCAAAUAUGACUGUGUAGGUAAGGUAUACCAAUUUACAAUCAUGAUUCAAUUCCAAUCAACUCUGCUCCUGAAGGUACAAAUAGGCUUCUUCCAUUUCCAGACCUCGAUGAGUGUGUAAGUGGCACCAACAAGUGCAGCCACCAUGCUGUCUGUCUGAACACCCCAGGAUCCUACAAGUGCAGGUGCAAGCCUGGCUUCAGAGGCAAUGGCUUUGAAUGCUCUGGUGAGAUCCUAGCACUGCUACACAGAAACAUUAAUUGAAUAUAUUAGGAAUGCCUUUUGCCUUCAGAACAGAUUUAAAUAGCUGUGUUUAAGCCUUUCUCCAGAUGAAAGUCAGAAGCAGUUUUACAGUUUAACUGUAUAUUUCAUUUGGACUCCUUAAACACCAGCUAACAGCAGUCCUUCCUCGGCCAGUUUCCUGCCAACAGACUCCACUUCUUUUAACAGAUGUUAGCAAAAGAGAGAGAGAGCCACAGAUUGAAAACACACCUGUGUAAAUAUGACACUGCAUGGUAGGGAGCCAUCUGAGGUAGAGGAAACGGGGCAGGUUGUGUUGCACUCUUUCAACUGAGUCCAGAUAACAACAGGUGAAACCUCAUGUAGCCAAAAGACUUAAAAAGUAACAGCUAAGGGUUUGUGGGUUCAAAUGAAGAUGCCUUUAUUUUUCUGUAGUUAAGCCAUUUUAUCAGAGGUCGUGGGACGGAGACAAAGGAAGUGCUGAUGAUUUCCUCAAUGGUGAGACUGUGUGGAUCCAAGUUUCUGUUUCGGCUGUUCGCUACCUGCUCUGCAACCGCUUUCUUUCUUUCCUUGUAGUUUCUUUUAAGACCACCUCUUCAAACUGUCUCAUAUGCUCAUGGCUGGAAAUAUCGUGCAUCCACAGCUUCAAAUAAGACCUGGAAUCCUCAGCAUGACACUUUGAAUACACAUUGUACUUUAAAAGGCUUGUGCACAGAUAGAGCUACAGGCAUUGAAUGUCACUGUCAUGCUUCACCUGCAUGGAGUAGUUCGAGAACAGCAGCUGCAAAAUAGAUGACAACAAACUUAUCCACAUCCCAGUAAAAUACUGUACUUCCUCCUCAUGAUUGCAUUUCCACGUCUCCUCUGAUUCCUCUUCCUGCCUGCAGCCAUACCAGACUCCCAGGUGAGGCCCAAGCAGGACAAUGAGGACAUCAAAAAUGUAAUCCCUGAACCAGUCGCCACGCAGCCUCCCAGGAUCCGUCAGCAGCCCUUUGACUAUGAUGGAGAGGUCUAUAUUGGCGCCCCGGUUGAAGAGAGACAGGAGGGUGAACUUCCUGAAGAGGGAGAGGAGGAGGAGGAAGGGGAAGACAACCAGCUCAAUCCAAGGGGAGAUGUUUUCAGUAAGUGUACUCCUGUUUGGCAGUCUGUUUUGGAUAGUCUGGGUGGUCCAUGAUGUAUUAACCUUACACACAGUAAGACUCCUGAUUCAACACAACAUCUGAACAGAAGCUCCAGAGAGUCAGCCAUUGCUCCUAACAGCUAUGGCGUCAUCCUGUGAUAGCUGUUGGGCUCCGAGAGUGCCUUAUUUACCGACUGAAUUAAGCUUACCAAUUUAAUAUGCUCAGUUAUUGUCAGGUUUUUAAGAUUCAUUCCUGCAUAGGGCUGGGCGAUAAACUGAGAAUUUACCAAUACCAAAAUUUAUGACCAUAACCAACGUCAUUUUGCCCAUGUCAAUAUAUUCGGUGUCAAAAAAAAAAUGAAUAAAAGUUGGUUUUGGAUGUGUGUAGGUAGGCUAUGGUUUCAUGUCCCUUCAAGACGCUGUCCUAUGUCAGAGAUGUGACUCCACCCCAUCCAAUCCGUAACAAAGAGGGAAAGACAUGCGAGGAGACGGAGGACAGUUCAAAAGUUGUGACUGCUGAAGCAGCAGCUGAAGUAGACAAAGUUAAUGUGGGAGGGGGUGAGCAGCUUGUUAAGUAGUUAUCGUCCAUUUAUCGUUAUCAAGGUGAACUGCUCAAUGUAUCAUGAUAUUGAUUUGAGGCCAUAUCACCCAGCCCUAUUCCUGCAGCACUCUUUAAGUUUAAAACAACAGGUCAGGUCAAAGACACUGACCAGAGAAGAAAGCAGGCUUGUCCCUGCAUGUCCCUUGUUGACCUCAUAUUCUUCUAAGACCCUCCAAAGAGGUUUUAUGCCACUCACAACAGAGAAAUAUCCAUUUACUUGAAUGUGAUUCCCUUUUUUGUAAACAACAACAGAAAUAUUAAAUCUAUAAAACACGUCCACUUGUUUGAAAAAACUUUGGCUCAUUCUUUUAUGUCCUUUGGAGUCAGAAAUUAAGUGUGUAAUAUCAGAGACAUAAUGGUGUAAUUCACACCUGAGUUGUGAGUUCAGAUUUCAUCAGACUAACAGGGGAGAGAGUGUUCAUGUAGAGGUAUGCAGCUCAUUGAGAAAACCCCAUAAAUGAGGUUACCUUUCACCACUAAUCUGGAGCUUUAUGGAAACACCCGAGUGUGUGUAAGAACUCCGAUAGCAAGAGGAGACAGGCCCCAAGACAUCCAUCACCUCCGGGAAGGAAUUUUACUCUGUCGGCAUGUGAGAGCCCAAGGAUAAAACUCAUCCUGGGUCUGCUUCCCACCUCCUGGGAGGGGUGGUGGGGUGAGGGAGGGUGGGAGGUUACGAAGCCUUCAAGCCUUUUAUUAUGUUUUCCCCAAAACAGCUGUUGUGCAAACAGACUUGACUCCUAGUAAGAAAGUCUGUCAUCAGCACUCCAGACCCCUCUAACACUAGCCCACUCUGGCUGGGCAGGUUCAAUAACCCCAGCUGUCACUCCUCUGGCUGUCUAUGGCUGCAUGUCAUGGGGGAGAUUGCUGCAAGAGCUUUAAAAUACUUGUGGGGGCUGAAGCCUAAAGUUGUAGUUUCAUCUUGAGAUGUGAGUGACAGCAAGGCAGGUCUACACUUGUUGGUUAAAAGGCUUUUUUCUUGCUUUGUUUCAUCGAGGAAAAUCUCCGCAGAGGAUAGUUUUGAAUGUUUAAGAUCAGAUAUUUUAAGAGGGAGUCAUACCCAUACAGUCUGUAAUUAUUUUUUAUAAGCAUUAAUCUAAUGGACAGGUUUAUGGUAUUUUCUAUCAGUGCUAUCUGUGAUGAAGUGAUCUCUGCUUCACUGAUUUGCUAGUUAUCACUUAUUAUGCUUGGUUGCAUUUUUAAGUGUAACCUUCCAAAACUAAUGAGGUCCAAUGGAGCUGCCUUGCAUUGACUGUUAUCUUCAGUUUUGGCUCAAAGUGAGCACAUCAACCCUGGUUUUACUGCUCAAUUUGUCAUACUGCAAUAGUUUAAGUUAGCUGCACUUUUGUCCCUUUAUUAAUCAGCGUGGGGGGGUUCAUUUGGUUGAAAAAAUACAUUAUAAGGUUUUCAUUUUCUCUUAUCUCCUAACACAGUUUCAGAGGACUUUGAAUCAGUGUUUGGCCCGGCCACAGAGGUGAAAGAAAUUGAACUAGGACCUAUUCAAGAAGGUAAACAAACAUCUGUAUCUGCUAUUGCUGCACACUGACUGGUAAUGUGAUUCAUCUGUUGAUGUGCUGUUGUGAUUUUACCCUCUAGAGUUCAUUAUGGAUUGUAACUUUGAUCAGGGAGCAUGUGAGUGGGUCCAAGACAAGAAUGAUGACAUGGACUGGAGUGUAGCCUACCACAAUGAAGGUAAGACAGAUAUGUAUACAUUUUUCACAGGUUAAGAUUUAAUCAUUUUUAGCAUUUUGAUGUACUCACAUCGAUGUUCUGCGUCCUCUCAGGAGCCGGAGCUGAGUACUACAUGACCAUGAGUGGGCUCAUAGGAGAGCAGGAUGACGUAGCGAGGCUGAAGCUCCUCCUCAGUGAUCGAACGCAGCAGGGCAGCUUCUGUCUCACCUUUGACUACCGUGUGGUGGGCCAUAAUGUGGGAACUCUCAGGGUGCUGCUGGAUAACAUUGCUUAUCCAGUGUGGGAGCAGAGUCAAAGCAGUGACCAAGGUUGGCAAACUGAGCUCCUCACUGUGACCUGGAAAGAGGUGGCCCCAGAAUCUGUAAGUCAGGAUUUGGUUUGAAAUUACAUAAUGAAACCAGUUUUAAACCAGUGCUGUGACUGAUAAUAAAGAAUAUCUGUAACAAAAAGUACAACUAAGAGGGUGUGUGAAACCACAUGUUUUACAAAGUACUGAAGCUAUAAUUGCACCAUUGCCUGUCUUUCAGAUCGUCUUUGAAGCUCAGCGUGGGAAAGGUGUUGGAGGAGAGAUUGGCCUGGACAAUGUUGUUUUGACCUCAGGGCCUUGUCAAGAGGAUAUCGGCCCCUUGUUUUAAGAACCCACACCCAAGAUUUAGUAUUAGAAAAGCCUGUUUUAGGUGACACAUGUCAAAGAUUUAUAGUUCCUGUCUGCAUACGGUAUAUCUCCCCUGAGGUCCUCCACGGUGUGUCAUAUAUCAGCAGCAGGACAUCCUCAUAUGUAGGUACAUGGCCCCUAGAUACUAUUUUGUAUAAAAGGUACAUGCAUGUUUUACUUUAUGGAGCAUGCUGCUACAUCUGCACAUCCUGUUACAUUGUGUUUUGUUAUAUUCAGAAUCGUCUCUUAUGAUCCAGAUGACAGAUCUCAGGAAAAGGUGCCUGAUAGUUGGGAUAAACAGUACUGUGCUCAGUCAUUUGUUAUAUGUGAUGAGCUGCAAUUUAUUGAAAAUAAAUAGAUAUGUAAAGUGAAUCCCAAUGUGAAUCAUAUCUGAAAUUCAAUCACUUUUUGAA